CCCACUCCCAGUGGCACCCACCACCCACCAUCUACCUACCUGUCUACAUACACAGUCACAGUAAACUUGCAAUGCAGUCAAUACGUCACCCUCAGCUUCUUCCCCCGCGUCAACGCGAAAGUCUGGCAGGCUGACUUUCGAUGCCGAUGCCCUUCAACUUUCUUUCUCCCAUCACGCUUGGCAUCACUCGACGCCUCUGCCACUCAGCACUCCUGCAAACCCAUGCAAGGGACAACCUUAGACCCUGCCAAGAAUCUCUGCAGUCUGCAGUCUGCAGACUGGCACUCACCGAGAGCACGGUGGAAGUGAGACAGCCGACGUGCCUGUCUGACCCGCGCCCCAACAUCCACCCACGUCGUCCUCGAAACAUUUGCGCGAUAUUGCUUGCACCUUCAGCCCUCGGCCCUCACAGUACGGAAACAAUAAGCCAACCACAGGCCAUACCUCACGCAGGCCACAACCAGCCACGCAGAUCAUCGUCGUUCUUCAAGAUGGGAACCAAGUCACUUAACAGGAGGCCCAGCCUGGUUGACCGCCUCCGCCAACUCCGCACCGCUACCCUGUCCCCCUCAAAGGCCACCUUUUUAACAGAGAAGCGACCAUCCUAUGUCCCCAUCCACACAGAUGCUGAGCAAACCACUGCUCACUACCGUGACGAAGAGCCCCACAAGCCAAUGUCCAAUCCUUGGUCUCGGUCUCGGUCUUAUUAUCCCGGAAAAAGCCUGGACUUGGAGGAACUGGACGCCAAACUUGAGCAGUAUGCCCAGAGGUCCCUGGAAUCGGCGGACGCCGACUUUGGCCUGUAUGGAGUGAAUGACCAGGCCUCGACGGCCGAGGCCUCUGAUGACGGACCGGAGCGUGACCCAAGCUCGUGCUUAGAGCCGGUUGCCAGCUUGCAACCGCCAUCCCAGGGGGUCGGCAGCGUCGAGUCUUGCCUUGUCUCGCCCACGAGCGCGGCACAAGAGUCACAGCCAUCAGACUAUGAGCUGUUCAUGCGGGAAGCCUUGGAGGCCGAGCGGCAACGGAUAGAGGACAAUGGCCAGGCCCCACGGCCCGCCCGUGAGCCACCACUGAAUCCCUUCUACUCCAACAACUGGGAUCACCAAUCGCGCCCGUCACCAAAACUCGGGGGGAUCCAGGAGGCAGGCGACGAUAAUGCGAGGGAGGGUGGGGAUGCCCACGCAGUACCAGGGCACGUUGAUUCGGAGCGGCGGGCGCUGUCCUCGGAAACAUCGAGCGAAGGGGGAGACGCGAACCUUGCACCACCAAAGGGCACCCUCUCGCGGGCCAACACUGACCUGCCCGGCAUGGGGAGACGUGUCACGUUCAGCAACACAUCUGUGCCCCGGGAACGCGUGGAGAGGAGAGCCUCAGCACCGAGCUGUGCGACCCGGGUCAGGUCGCCGUCCAGGCCAGUGCGCAAGCAAAAGAGCAUCAAGCAGCUCAUUGCAGAUUACAUACGGCCUCCCAGGAGCUAG